UUUCUUACCCGCCAUAACAAACAACGAAGAAGAAAAAGCGACUGCGCAGUCCAUGUUCCACUUGUGGAUUUGUUUACAUCUUUUAUUUUUCAUAAAAAUGUACGUUUACUUUCGGUAUCUGAAAAAAUAUCCCACUCAUUAAGCUCGGCCUUUGUGAGUUGUUUCAGCUAGAUGCCACACGAUGACCGCCGAGCCUGCCAGCCUGGAGAGCCUGCGUGUUUUGUACCAGAGCGAUGACUACAUUGUGGUGGACAAGCACUGGGACAUCCGCAUUGACAGUAAAAUGUGGUAUGAGAAACUCACUGUACAGGCACAACUUCGGCAGCACUUCCCUCAGCUGGCAGACCCCAGCACCUACUAUGGAUUCAGGUUUUGUCAUCAGUUGGAUUUCUCCACAAGUGGGGCUCUGUGUGUCGCCCUCAAUAAGGCUGCUGCCGGCCAGGCAUACCGCUGCUUCAAGGACCGCACUGUCACUAAAGCCUACCUCGCUCUUGUACGUGGCUGGGUGGAAGAGAAGACACAAACUGUGAACUUCUCCAUUGGCAAGAACUCUUCAGAGGGGAAAACACACAUGAUGUGUAUUGAGGGAACAGAAGGUUGUGAGAACCCCAAGCCUUGCCAAACAGAGCUGACGGUAUUAGAGUAUGGGUUGUAUGAUGGAGACCGUGUCACCAAGGUGUUACUGCAGCCACUCACAGGACGAACCCACCAGUUAAGGGUCCACUGCAGCGCAGUUGGCCACCCCAUCGUCGGGGACUUCACCUACAGCUUUGGAGAGGACGAUGCCCCUUACCGCAUGAUGCUGCACGCUCACCUCCUCCACAUUCCUCUGGAGCCUCAGCCUCUGCUUGUCUCUGCUGGAGACCCCUUUCGCCCCACAGAGGAUCCUAAGUGGGUCCCGCAGCGCUCGUUACAGACCCUGGCAGACACUGUGGACGCCCUGCUGGAGCACAGGGCGAAGGAGGGCAGGAGGAUCAAAGAAAAUGAGAGAGAGAGGGCAAGAAUGAAGGAGGAGAGAAGGAAAGCCAGCAGGGAGCAGAGGACUGAGGAGGAGAGUGAGGAGCAGAGGAGGCAGUGUCAGGAGUGGCUGAGUGAAUGGGCUGGAGACUAAUGUAUUAUUAUUUAUGUUAAGUUAUUUUAAAUGUUAGCUUAUGAAGGCCACGUGGAGCAUGCCUGCUCCAUUUUAUUGACCCCCUGUAUUGCAUGUAAAUGGCAUACAUGGAAGUGAAGCAGUAUUUUAAUUCCCUCACUAACCUAUUGCAAACAAUAUAUGUGAGCAAACUCUGCGCAGAAGAGCCCAGACCCAGACUCGAACCUGGAACCUGCUGUGAGGCGACAGUGCUAACCACUGCACCACCAUGCUGCCCUCGUAUACACGUCCUCAAACUUAUUAACAGUUAUUAAUUUGUGAUUUUUGAGAUAAGUUUCUGCUAUAUCUGGUCAGAUAACUUUACCAUGUGUGUUGUUACACACCCUGUGUGGCUUUUAUCUUACAUAAAUCCUAGCUGAGAGAAGAUAGCCCACUGCACUGUAUGUCAGUAAGAACGAAGAUUCAGCCAUUUUCCCUUUUUUUUUUUUAAAGCAGUCUGUUUAACAU